ACCCCGCUUGAUUGAGGCGACUUGCUUACCGGAGGCAGAAUUCAAACGGACGUAAAUUCUUAUUCUCAUAUGUUGAAUGUCGUUCGUGUGUUGUGGUCCAUUAGUUUACGUUUAGUUUCUUUUGUGUGUGCUAUUUAAUUAAUUAUAGCGCUUCAUAUUACGUCCAUUUUUCGCCAUAACAAUAAUUUUUAUGAUGUGAUAAUUUCCGCAUCAAUUGUGGAUUGUUGAUUUUGUGAUAAUAUUUUUUAUUAUUAGCCGGUAUACUACAAUUGUGAUAUUUAAAUUUUUUAUUGCUUAUGAAUAGCGGACAUCGUAAAAAUUUUGUAUCGCUUCGAUUACUUUUGGAUUAAGAAGUUGACUUUGUUUACAGUCAGGAGAAUAGUUUGUUUUUGGAAGAAAGAAAGGUGCUGCAGUUGGCUGUGAUGGAGAACUCCAUGCUGCCAGGUUUGCUAAGCGAGUCUAUUUGUAAGAAACCAGUGCAUAUACGGAAGGAACCUAUAUCUGACUAUUAUACAGUUGAAACAAGGCCUUUUGCUAGGGGCAAAUUCGCAACUGUACGUCGUUGCCAGCACAAAGAAAGUGGAUUAGAGUAUGCAGCUAAAUAUAUGAGGAAACGAAGGCGAGCCUCCGAUGUCCGUCAUGAAAUACUGCACGAAGCUCAUGUCCUAGAACUUAGUGCACAACAUCCACACAUUGUCCAACUACAUGAAAUUUAUGAAACACACUCCGAAAUCAUUCUUGUCUUGGAAUUAGUAUCUGGUGGUGAAGUGCAGAGAGUGUUGGACGAUGAAGAGGUCGUUCCAGAAAGAGAUGCAACAAGACUGUUGAGACAAAUAUUAGAGGGCGUUUCCUUCCUACACGAGCACAAAAUUGCCCACCUCGACCUUAAGCCUCAAAAUCUCUUGCUUACAAAACCUUUUCCGAACGGGGAAGUGAAAUUAUGCGACUUUGGAAUUUCCAGACUCAUUACAAAAGGUAUUGAAAUCAGAGAAAUUGUUGGAACUCCGGAUUAUGUGGCGCCGGAAGUUCUACAUUACGAACCUAUCAGUCUGGCCACGGACAUGUGGAGUAUUGGUAUCUUGACAUACGUUCUCCUAUCUGGUCACUCUCCAUUUGGAGGCGAUACAAAGCAAGAAACAUUCUGCAACAUAACCAGAGGCACACUUGAAUUUCCUAAUGAUUUGUUUGGUUCUACUUCUAAUGUUUGCAAAGAUUUCAUUCAGAGACUACUAGUUAGAGAGCCUAGCGAAAGAAUGUCCGCCAAAGAAAGCCUUAACCAUCCCUGGCUCAGUGGAACAGAUUCGGAAAGUAUCAUCAAUACUGGCAUUCAACUUACUCUUACCUCUGACAUAAGUGCUAAAGAUUCCGACUUGGAUAUAACCCCUAACACAAACGGCAAACAAUACUCACCAAGUACUCCAAGAAGCCUCAAAGCGGACAUUUCUCCUAUCACGGGCAGAAAAUCAAAUGGAACUACAUUUUUUCGGAAAAGCCCUUCUCCUAAACCAAUGGGCACUAAGGAUCAGAAAGAACAAAAGAAUGGCACCGCCAGAAGUGUGGAUAUGAUGGUAUCACAGUUUGAAGGCAUCUCCAUGUCUAAACGCAUAGUCUUUUCAGAAGAAAUCAUUGUUGAUGAAAGGAUUGGUAUGGUUUACUAAAGACUGAUCUCAACCACUACAGUCCCUUGUAGAUUCAUAGUAGCCCCUGUAGUACCACAAAUUUCAAGUGAUGCUACAUGAACUUAUUGGCUGCAAUGUGUUACCGAGACACUUGUAAAAAAAGAAAAAAUAUUCAGUUGUUGGGAGUUUUGCAUUUGUACUGAACAGUUGGAUGCAGUGUUAUGACUUAUCAAAAUGAACAGCUAUGCAUUUUUACAUGAGAUUAUUCUCUGUUAUUGGCAGUUUUGCAUUUUUCAGUUAUUAAUAUACCCUAUUUCUGUUUGUUUUUAACUUUGGUGAUUUCUAAUUAGUUUAAUUGCAUUACCUUUACAAAAUUUGCGACUGUACAAUCAUUUUCCAUUUCUGUAGGGUUUAAUAGUGCGACAUUAUUUACGUAGUGUGUAAAUUUGGACAUUUUACUGAAAUUGUGAAGGCUUAUCUAUUAAAGUGAUAGUGAGAAUGUGAUAUAACAAGAUUUUAGAAAAGAGCCAAUCAUUUAUUAACACCUGAUACAAUAAAUGUUUUUUUUUCUGAUAUCAUUCUAGCGAGUCAGAGAUAAACAUAAGUUUUUAAAAAAUAAUUUCUUUAUAAAAAAAUAAAAUUUUUCACUACAACUUCCCGGUGAUAACUUCUUCAACUAUGGCAUAUUGUUUUUCAAAUUGUGAUACAAUUAUCCAAGUUAUCUCCAUACUAAAAAGAGUAUGGAGAGCUACUGGCUACAUUUCUUUUGCAUAUUAAAAAAAAAUUAGACAAUGCUUUCAGUAAUGAACUAAGUUCUGUACACCUUUGUUUUGUACCAAAUGGUUAUAAAUUUUUUUUAUAAAAUGCUGUAAAAUGGAAACUCUUGUGAACUAAUUUUAAAAUUAUUUAUCCCUCAGAAUAUUUUCUGUUAAAAAAAACAACACAUUUUUAUUUCCUGCAGUAGCCAUUAGAAUCCUAGUCUUAACCUUAAGUUUUCAGUCGACACAGUAAACUGUAAAAUGUUUCAAUGCAAUUUCUUUUAAUGCAUUCAUGAGUAAGAAAAGGCACCAACUUUUGUUAAUUUAUUUAUUUUGUGUUCACGCUGUAUAAAUGUGCUUUAUUUCUAUUUAUUCAACUAAUGUGAAUUUUUUUUUAUUGUACAAUUACAUAACACAUAGUUGCUAUAGUAAUCUACUUUAAAGCUGCAAACUGUUUUAAGGCACUAUUUUAUACCUAAAAUUUCAGAAUUAUUGGAUUUGUCUAACUUAAACAGUUUGAAAUUGAAAUUAUAAGAUUGAAUAAAUUAAUUUUUCACAAAUCCAUUUAUUUUUGCACUGAAAACUUCCCAUAUCACAUGUUAACAACAAGUGCCUUCUAAUGAAAUUAAUGUAGCUAUAUUUGAGCUUUCCCUGUUCAAAUUAUUUACAAAGUGCCUUUCAACAGAAAACCAGUAACUAUCUGUUAAUUUUGAAAUGUAGUGUGAAUAUAUCUGUAAUAACAAUCAAUGAACACACAAUGUAGUAUCAUCCACUUUGAUUGAAGUCUUGCUAUUUUAGCCAUGAGACUUAUGUUUUUGUAAAUAAAGUUGUGAUAUGA